AUGCCCGGCGUCUUCUCACAGCUCCUCUCCGGGUCGUCACUGCAAAACGGCCCGGGCUGGGGCCUCAACGGCGACGGCGACGGAGCAGCAGCAACAUCACGGCCAACUCACAUCUUCACCCUCGGCUCCGCCCCCAGCGGUUCCUCCCUGAAUGCAACCUCCGUCCGGCCCGCCGGCUACCCGCCAACCGCACCGCCGCUCUACACAUUCACCGGCGCGCCCCACGCCAAGCCCAACAUCGCGCUCUACUACGGCGAGGCGGCCAGCCCGGCGGCCAACAUGAUUGGCGAGGGUAAGCUCAGCUCCUUCUCGUCCACGACGCAGAUGCGCGUCCGCGGCAUGCCCUUUACGCUGCGCAUGAGCCACAUGUCGGGCAGCGUCACCCUCGAGUCGCCCGUCACGGGCAAGAUGAAGCUCAAGCCGAACCCCAUGACGGGCACCGGCCUCGCCCUCUACGACUCCUCCGGGAACAAGGUGGCCAAGAUUAGAUCAGGAGGCGGCGGCGGUUUCGGCGACAAGAAACAGCUCGAGAUAUACGUGCCGUGCGACGGCAUGUUCAUCGAGGUCAUCCUGCUCAGCUUCCUAACUGCCAAGAUGCUCAACAAGAUCGUCGGGGACGCGGUGGGCGAGGCGGUCACGUCUGUCGUAACUGCAUAG